AAUUAUUUAAUUUCUUUUUAUUUAGUUAUUCAUACAAAAUUUCGCCUAUUUUUGAUGGCUUUUCCCACAUCAAGUGCACAGCAAGCAGAAACGAACCGUAAAAUACUUGAAGAAAUACAAACCAAGAAACAGUUGCUCAUCGGACUGGGUAGCACAGCGAAUCAGAUGCCCGCACCACAGCUGCUUGGACAGCCGACAGUGACAGCUGAGUUUGUGCAGAACGUGAGCGCAACGCCUAAUGCCGCUGGCGGCAUCGCCGCGCCACGAUCUGCAUUUAAUCCAACGAGCUCUACUACUCUGGGCUUCUUUAUACCGCAGGAUUCGUAUUUUGGAAAUAGUUUUAUACCCGUGCUGCCUCGCCUGGAACCAGUGCCGACCCCGCCAGCGCCCAACUCCAAGUAAUUUCAUAGAACAAUACACACGCCCACAUCCCCCAGCAUCAACAUGACGCGCCUAAAG